AUGGUAUCAAACCGACGGAAGAGAAAGAUUCUCGGAUGCUUUCUCCUCUUUGCGACUCCCAUUGACGGCUUGUUGGGAGUGACUUCAGCUCCGUCCUUGACGCGGAAAAAGAGGCGUCACUCAAAGUGGAGCUUCCUAACUUCGCCGUCCUCAACAACGAGAGCAACUUUACGAUCGGGGAAAAGUAGCUGGCUAGAAGCUGCUCCUCAUCGGCAGGUUAAUACGAAUGCAAGUUCACCUCCAACUGAGUCAUUAUCAUCAUCAUCACCCGCGACUUCAUUUAUCAACACGAACUCUCCAACUUCAUCGGCAAGUAGCGAUGCCCGUCAUACGGAUUCGCCAUUAUCCCAAAUCUAUGAGGACGACGAACAUCCACGGGCACCUCGACCGCCGCCGUCAUCUUUUUCGCGUAACGAAGACUGGCUAGAAUCCGUUACGGGCGAAUUACUCGAUCUGGAUGUGUACCCCCUGGGCAAACUCACUGACGACGAUGUCGAAUCGAUUGCCGGUCUCAUGGCAGCUUGGGCUCGGCGAAAGUCCGUCACCGCUGCACUUACAGUCGAGAGGUUACUAAAACGAGUUGUCGACGAUUUGAAAGAGGGGAAUCAGCGCGUGCAUGUUACGACCCGAAUGUAUUCCUGUGCGAUUGACGCCUGGGCGAAGAGUGGCGUCGAAGGCUCUUGCGAGCGUGCCGCCCAAAUUCACGAUACAUUGGUGCAGCACUAUCAAAGUACCAACGAUCCACUUUUGGCACCAUCUGUUAUGUCCUUCAACACAGUCGUCAAUGCCUGGGCGAAAUCAAAUCACGACGAUGCACCCGCUAAAGCUGAAGCUGUGUUGGAAGAAAUGAUACAGGCAUACCGAAACGGCAACGAAGCGUUAAAACCGGAUGCGGUUACAUUUUCAACGAUAUUGGAUGCUUACUCGAAAUCCAAUAAACCCAACGCUGUAGCACGCUGCUACGAAUUGUUUCAGGUUAUGGACGAGCUGGACGUCAAGCGGAACGUAUACACCUUUUCUGCGCUACAAAAUGUUGUGGCAAGAUCUCGGAUUCCGAACGCGGCGGAGCAAACCAUGAAUAUUCUACAGCAGAUGCUCAAAUUGUACGAAAAUGGAGACGUCUUUGCCAAACCCAAUACUUUAAAUUACAACGCCGUUCUCAACGCAUGUUCGCGAACCCCGAGCAAAGCCAGCGCUCAACUCGCCGACGACUUGCUGCAUAGCAUGGAGUUGCCCUUGAUACAAGGCGGUUAUGAUGUCGAACCCGAUCGUCUAUCCUACGCCAUGUGCAUACUAGCCUGUGCUCGCUGUCCUGACGAAGCAUUCGGCGUGCCGAAGGCCGAGGCCAAUUUACGGCGCAUGGAAAGUCGGGCCAUUAUGGAAGCCGCCAAACGGCAACAGAUCUCCAGCGCGGCGCCACCUACUGUUACACUCGACAUUGAAUGUUUUAACGUUGUGCUCACCGCCUUGUCCAGGCGUAAAAACAUACCGCCGACACGGACCUUAGAAAUUGUGAAACGCAUGGAGGAAUACGCCGAGCAAGGACAGGAGCAUUUGCGUCCGAACGUGCGUUCCUGGAAUGCCGUUUUGAACGCGUACGCCCGGGCCAUUGCGGUUUCACCUCACUCAACGGCUUCCAACUCGUAUGCUCAAAUGGCCGCUGAGUUUCUCCAGCACAUGCGCCUUGAUCUGGGUAUUCGGCCCGACGCGUUUUCGUUCGCCGCAUUGCUUAGCGCGUUCCAAAAAUGGGACCAUCCCGAAGCAGUCGCCCAGGCCGAUGCUUUGGUUCGAGAAAUGGAAUCCUUGUUCGAACAAAAUGAGAUUGACGCUCCGCCUGAUGUGUAUCACUAUACAAUUCUCUGUGGAGCCUGGGCUAGGUCGGGCCAAAAGAUUGCCCCUCAACGCUGUUUGCAGAUUCUAGCACACAUGGUGGAACGGCAUCGCCUAGGCUAUCCCAACGUGAAACCAAACGUCCGAACAUACAAUGCCGUGUUGGAUUGUCUUGCGCGCGCUGGCGCGGAAGACCGUGCUGAGCAAUUGCUGUUUCAUAUGUUAAAAUUGUAUCGAGACGGAGAUCAUGAUGCCGAGCCCGAUGCCUUCACGUUCAAUUGCAUCAUUCACGCGUUCUCUAAAUCUCGACGAAAGGGCGCCGGUCGGAGGGCCGAGUCAAUUCUGGACCGUUUUUUGGAAUACCACGAAGAAGAAAAUCAAUCGAUCCGUCCCGACACGCGAUCAUUUACCCACAUUAUUGCUCAUUAUGGUCGAAGCCGUGAGUUGGAUGCCCCAUAUCGAGCCGAGUACGUUUUAAAUCGCAUGGUAUCAUUGUGUAAAGACGGCAACAAAGAUUUAGCCCCGAACCUGUUUGCCAUCAAAACUGUUGUGGACAGUUACUCUCACGCGAAACAUCCCGACGCUGGUCGUAACGCCGAGCGCUUUUUAAAUCUGAUUCGAGAAUUGAGGGAAAAGCAUGGCAUUACUAGACUUGAGCGUGAUACUUCAUUUAUGAACAGCGUGCUGUUUGCGUGGUCGAGCUGUGGCAGCGAAGAUUCCGGUCAUCGCGCGGAAGGUCAUCUGUUGGAAAUGGAAGACAGUUUUGACCAAGGAACCAUCUCUUUUCGACCGGACUCGCGAAGCUACGAAAUGGUGCUGUCGGCGUGGGCAAAGUCAGAAAGCAGCGACAAAGCGAAGCGUGCGUUGCUGACUCUACGUCGUAUGCAAGAGCAGCAACGGACCGGCAAUCCGUUUGUCCGAAUUGAUGAAGCCGCUUAUUCUUUUGUCAUUAAUGCUUGCGCCUUCAGUAAUGCCGGCGAGGAUCUCGAAGCUGAAGCAUUCACAAUCGCAGUAAAGCUGUUAGACGAAAUGCUGGAGUCUAAAAGCGUUCAUCCCAGCUCACUUACAUACGGAUGGUUUAUUCAGGCAUGUGGACGCCUUCGUGUGGCGCACGCAUUAAAAAGUGUCCAAAUAGGAAGGGCAUUUCAUCUUUGUUGCGAAAAUGGUUUAGUAAACGACUUUGUUUUGCAUCGGUUAAAGGGAGCGGCGCCAGAUCCAGUCUUCAAGGAGUUGCUGGCUCCUGUUUUGAGCAACUUACCUCCUCGUUUUCCGAAGGGAAGGCUCGCAGUAAAUAACCUCCCAUCAGAUUGGACUUGCAACGUCCACGGGAACAGAAAAAUAAGACGGCAAUAG